AUGAAACCGAUCCUUCCCUCAAAACGUUCUCAUGACGGAAAGGUCGUUCAUCUUGAUCCGAUCAUUGCCUCGAAAGUUCAGGCACCAAGAAAAGCAGGAGAAUGGCAAAGCAAGCUCUUGAUCAAAAAUUCGAACCCAGCUGUCAAAAUAAACAUCUCGAAAGCCUCGAAAUCAGCAUUCGUAAUUUCUGAUGAAGCUCUUGUCCCUCCUCCAACUCGCAGUGAAAAGUUCACAAGCUACCGCAUAGAAGAGACACCAGAUAUCGAUUCUCUGGCAUUAUCUUCUCAGAACUCGAACGCGCAGUCGGGCGAGGAGAUGAUUUUUGAGCAUGAGUCAGACAAAUUGUCACCUGGGGUCGAGUAUCUUCAACAGAAUUUUGAUCAUGAACCCGAGAUUGAGUUCGUCGACAUUCCGAACGAAGAUGAUCUGAACAUCUUAUACGUCUCCGAAGACGAGCUUGAUGAACUCCCAAUGGUUGAACGCCCGAUUCAGGCAGUCUUUGAUGCUGAAUGUGUCGAGCGACGUAAUGCCGUUUUGAGAGCUAUUGAUGACAAGGUCAUUUUCGUUGGGAAAUCUGUUCGAAAAGCCGCAAAAUAA